AUGGUUGGGAAGCCGGAGCAACCCGAGACAGGUGCGGAGCCCCAUGAUGAGAUACCCAAAGGACCACCUGAACAGUUUAAUUCAUCGUUAUUACAAAAGGCGACCCCAGAGUACUUACAAGAGCUCUUAAUGGACAAAAAGCAGUUGCAGAGCAUGCCUAACAGUUUUAAGCAUGUUGAAUUAAUACUGGAAAAGGAAAUUGCACAAGUGCGUGAACGUCUAUUUCACAAAAAUGGUUCCAUUCAAAUGAGCAAUACUGAUUUGCCAGAUCCUUCCGGUCAAAUCAUAACCCUUCAAAGGAAGGUGUACAUACCAGUUAAGGAGAAUCCAACAUACAACUUUGUUGGAAGACUGCUUGGACCACGUGGACUAACUGCAAAGCAAAUGGAACAGGAUUUGGGCUGCAAAAUCAUGGUCAGAGGGAAGGGAUCCAUGCGCGACAAACGGAAGGAGGAUCAAAAUCGUGGCAAGCCAAAUUGGGAGCAUUUGCAAGAAGAUUUGCACGUUUUGGUGAGUGUUGAAGACUACGAAAGUCGUGCCGAAUUACGACUUCAACGUGCUGUGAAUGCUAUUACAAUAUUUCUUGAACAAGGUCUUCGAACUCCAGAGGAUAAAGACUUGCUGAAACAGACUCAAUUAAUGGAACUGGCAGUGUUGAACGACAACUGUGUGCUUUGUAUUCAGCCGGAAGGAGCAGAUGAUGUGAAAAAGCAACAAUUAAUGGAAUUGGCUAUCAUAAAUGGCACCUAUCGCGAGCCUCAACAACAGCAUUCUCGACAUUCAACUAGUAGCACCACCGCCGCUUCCUCUCAGCACAGUUCACCGUCGCCCCUCUCUCCCAGUCUCACUUUCGACGAUCUUGAGAACAAGGAGCGUCAACAGGCUCAGGUACAACAGAUGACCCAACAGCAGCAACAUCAAUUCUUGUUGCAACAACAAUACCUCUCCAUGCUCAGUAGUCAAUCGGCAAUCGCAGCAGCCGCCGCGUUGGCUCAUAACCCCGCAGCACAGUUGUUAGGUCCUGCAGGACUUCGAUUUGGUGCCCCUACAGCCUCCACUCACCCAUCUACAGCAGCAGCAGCGGCUGCGGCUGCAGCAGCAGCAAAUCCACUGUUUUUAGGAACUAACCCCACGCCAACACCUGUCACGGCAUCGACACCAUCUGCUGCUGUAGCAGCAAUGAAUUUGGCAGCUGCGGUGAUGGGAGGGGUACCUACCAUCUCCCCCGUUACCUCCACUACCGCUGCUGCGGCACCUCCUAUUGGUGGAGCGCUAUCGUCUGGUGAGUUUGGCGUGAAAAUUGAUAAGUUAGUGAAGGGAUCAAAGGGACUGUGGCUUUCACUUCCUCACUCUCCUCCCACUUUAAAUGUUCAACCCUUUCUACUACGCAUUCUGGUAGAUCAACUAGCCGCUCUGUUGGGGGUAACUAAUGGAGCAGUUUCGCCAAACAGUGCUGCCAGUUCUGAUACCUCCGGGCAAUCGAUGGCUGCAAUAGCUGCUGGAUUUCCUGGCACCUUUCCGUCCCUCCUUCCAUGCACCUCCGCAAAUCCGUCCAACCCUACAACUGGAACCAUUCUCGGUAGCUAUUCCAAUGCUGGUGACCUUGAAAAUAAUUCAGGUUAG